AUGUCAGAUUCUCCACAACAAAAAAAUGUUGCAAAAAUUGAACCAAAUAUGUCUGGGGUUUUUAUAACCUGUGUAAAAAAUAAAGAAGCACUGUGUGUGAGAGAAUGUUAUGACUUGUUCAAUGAGUAUGCUGGUAAAUUUUUUCUAUCGCAAGCUAUAAACACUACUGAUUCUGCUAAUAAGAGUGUUGGUAAUGAUAAUGAUGAUAAUUUGGACAUUGAAGAUGUAAUUGCAAAAGAACUUUCAGAAAUGAAAAAACCACACUCUUCUAAUAGUUUUGCUUCAAUUCAAACUGGAACUGAUUAUAAAAAAGAGUUGAUUAACAUGAUUGCUAAAAUUGUUGGUGAAGAUCAUACAGUCAAUCUUAAUAAUCCUGAAUUGACAAUCAUUGUUGAGAUUUUCAAGAUUUUUGAGGAACAUAUAGGCAAUAAUAAUAAAAUUAAAGAAUAA